AAGCACGGCGCCGCGGCGGAGUGAGAGGCAAGGGGGCGCGGGCUCAGGUGACGAGCGCGGCCAUGGCGGACAAGCCGAGCCGUGCGCUGGUUCUCUACGCCGCCGGCCACGCCGCGCUGCUCACUCCUCCGGCGGGCUCCGCGGCUGCGGGGAGCAGCCUCGACGCGCUCGCCUCCCGCGCAUCCUGCGGCUUCCUCACCCUUCGCUCCCCGCCGGCUUCCCCUCCCACGACCGGUACCGAGGAGAAGAGCAGCACGAUUCUGGAACUGGCGCAGCUGCUCGACGUGUACGAUCAUCUGUACCCUGGAAAGAAUGCGGAAACUGAUCAAGAAAUUGCCCAAGUGGAUCGACAGGAGUUAGCAGUUCCCAAGCUGUCUGAGAGGUUUACGGGACUGAGAGCUGCCAUGGUCACCAACUGCCCCCGCGUCAGCUCCUUUGCAGCAAAUCUUGGUUUCCAUGUUUUCCAAACCAAUGAUUUUGCCGCACUGUCUGGCUCAUCCAGUGUUACUAAGGAGGUUGGAGUAGUCAACCGAGCGUUUGGUCUUCUAGGAUUCUCGGAUGGGAAUGUGCAGGAAGCAUCUGAAUUCGAUCUAGUUUUUAUGCAUGUUGCCAUGGAGAAUACAAGCAGCAAGUUAGGGAAAUUAGGAAUGAAGACAGAUCUCAAUCGGCUCGAGAAAUUAGUUGCUGCAGUCAUGGAAGCUGCGCCCAUUGGUUCAGCUAUUUCUUCCCGUAUUCAUGUAUCUGUGAUUUUGAGCUAUGGGUCGUCUUCUGGAAAUAAGGAUGGGUUUUCCAUAUCAACCUCUUUGCCUGAAGCAGAUUCAGACUUGAAUCUACUGCGCCCACACCAGAGCUAUACAAUGAAAGCAGGACAUACGUUAGAUGAUGUCAGACUUCAUCAUCCAAUUCUGCUGGCACAGUGGCAGGAAGGAGUAACACGUGUUGAUUUGGCUAAAGGGUUCUCUUUUGAGGAAUUUAUGAAGCACGGUGGAAACCUUGCUAUGCUUGCCGAGCGCUUUCUACAUGAGGUGGCAUUUAAGCUCUGGAAGGCACCUAAAUAUGGGGCGUAAGGAUGGAUAAUAAAUAAAAGGAAGGCUGGAUGGUUUUUCGUUUUCAAACGGAAACAAGGAAUAAUUAAAGCAGGCAUGUGAGUUUAGAUAUGAGGGGCACUCUGCACAGACCCUAAUUCGAUAAAGUGUUGGAGAUUGUUACAAAUUUCUGCCAAUGAAGAUUUGUAGCAAAACAGUUUGAGGCUUUCUUAUGACAGUUUCCCAGGGGCUUAGUGCAAUGAUUCCCUGCUUAUGUAACCUAUAUACUUUUCUAACAUGGUGACUGCUUCUUCUGCGAGCUCAAUCUCCGUCUUGUAACAUGCACCGCAAACUUGAUGGUAGUGUGGCUGCAGAGCAGCAUCUACAAAUUAGGAAAUAAAAUAACAGGAUGGAUUCUAUACAGAUGAA